AUGGAAACCCCUCAACAGCAAGAAGACCUUGUCUCUCCAGUUACCCGUCUCAAAGCUGAAUCCGCCAAAGCAUACAUCGAGCAGAAAUUCUCAAGGCUGAAAACUGAGGAAAGCAAAAAAAGAUCAGAGUAAUUUUAACUCAGCUGAGAAAACCUCCACAAAAGAAUGGAAGACAUGAGGCUCUCUCUUACCGAACAAGAACUAAUAAAGCAAGAAAUCCUUCACCAAGAAGCUGAAGCCUUGCGUAAAAAACGUCAGAAAAUUACAGUAUUAGAUUUUGAAUCACUCGCCAUCAUUGGAAAAGGCGCUUAUGGAGAAGUCCGUCUCUGCCGAGUCAAAGCUACAGGGGAGAUUGUUGCAAUGAAAAAAAUGAAAAAGGCUGAAAUGAAGUUCAAUAGGUUUUUAUAUUUAAUUAAAAAAAAAAAAAUUUAAAAAAUAAUUUUUAUUUUUUAAAAAACAAUAAUUAUUUUUAAAAAAAUAAAAAAUAUUCCAUUCCAAAAUAAGUUCAAAAACCAAGUGAAACAUAUAAAAGCUGAAAGAGAUAUCCUUGCAACUGCAAAUAACCCUUGAAUUGUGGGACUAAAAUACUCUUUCCAAGACGAAGACCACCUCUAUCUCUGCAUGGAAUAUCUACAAGGUGGAGAUCUCAUGACUUUGUUAAUGAAAAAAGAUAUCUUAACAGAAGACGAAGCACGCUUUUAUACUGCUGAAAUUGUACUAGCUGUAGACUCCGCACACCAAUUAAAUUAUAUUCAUAGAGAUUUAAAGCCAGAUAAUGUCCUAUUGGACUCAUCUGGGCAUAUAAAACUUUCUGAUUUUGGACUUUGCACAUUUGCAGUAAUAAAAAAUUAGGAAGUCAUCCCUUCAAGUAUCCGCUUGAGGCGUAAUCAAGAAGACCCAGACCUUCCACAGCCCUCUCUAGUCACAGUUUCUAACGAAAAGCCAAAUUUUAAGCGUCAGAGACAUCUAGCAUAUUCUACAGUCGGGACCCCUGAUUAUAUAGCUCCAGAAGUGUUUAAUCAGCAAGGGUAUAGUGAGACUGUAGACUGAUGGUCAGUCGGGGUCAUUUUAUUCGAAAUGCUGGUAGGGUAUCCGCCAUUUUAUUCUGAUGACCCUUCUCUGACGUGCCAAAAAAUAAUGCAUUGGAAACAGACGUUAAGGAUCCCUCCAGAAGCUGGAGUUAGCAGUGUAGCUGUAGACUUGAUUUUGAGGCUUUUAAGGGACAGAAAUGACAGACUUGGCUGUGGAGGAGUUGAUGAAGUAAAAUCCCACCCAUUUUUUAAUGGAGUUGACUGGGAUAACAUAAGAAACACUAGAGCGCCGUAUAUUCCGGAAGUGUCUAGUGAGGUAGAUACCAGAAAUUUUGAAAAUUUCAAAGAAGAUGAGCCGUUUUACCCUGAGGAGACGGCAAGAAGCACAAAAAAAGAUUUUGAGUUUAUUGGAUACACGUUUAAAAAGGAUGAUAAUAAAGAAUAUUUGCUGAAUGCUCUUCAAGAAUUGGAAAAUCUGAGAAGAUCAGAAGGCAAUGCAAGGAUUAAGCAGAAGAAGUGGCAAGAUUCUAAUAUAGAAGUCACUGAAAGCUCUGAAAAUUACUUGUAG